UUGAUUGUGUCUUUCUUUUCCGCUGAAGUUUCAUAAAUCCAUCCCUAAUUAGCAAUGUCGUUGACCCCUGUUCGCGAAACAUCAUAUGCUGCCUUCGUUUUUUUCUCUCUUUCAUUGUCCUGCUUUCCUCGUAUAAACUCUGUAUUUCUUUCUGUUGUCCUCUUUAUUUUCGUUUUUAGACAAAUGAAUGACUCUCAGUUUCAUUCCUGUCGCUGAAUGUCAUUCUGUUUCACGUUAACCAGAAUCCUCAAGAUCUUAACUCUAUUGCAGCGUAACAUUCACUUUUUAAUCAACGCUAUCUCUGAAACGGUAAGAGUGCUCUAGGACUUUCGAUCUACUUUCUGUUUCUUUGUUUCUGAUGUCCUCGGUUCAUUUAUGUACUGUUUGAUGGUAUGUAGUUUCCCCGAAUCGAAGAAACUCGAAAAGAGACUGUUCCUUGACUGGAGACCGUGAUUCGAUUUAAUUUCAAUCGCAGUGAUCGCGCGUUGGAGGCAAUGAGAAUGGAGCGGAGGAAGAUCUUCAAGAAUGUUUUAUCGCAGUGUUCGUGGCCUAGAAUUGUCACCAGAAAAUGGCUGAAUAUACAGAGCAGAGGAGACGAGUUUCACUCCGAUUACUAUUCAAUCAUAGAUAAAACGGAGAGGAGAAGGAAGAGCUGCGCCGACCAGGACUGCAGCGUCGUCGUACCGAACGAUUUUUCAGGGUGGUUGACGGAGGGUAAAAAGGGCCCGAAAUUUGAGCCGGAAACACCAGCUGUCACAGAUGCAAUGAACCUCAGAAUGUUCGUGGGGACAUGGAAUGUAGGAGGGAAGUCGCCCCACGAGGACGAGGACUUGAACUUGAGAGAUUGGCUGAGUUCCCUAGCUCCUGCUGACAUCUACGUUAUUGGGUUCCAAGAGAUCGUGCCUCUAAAUGCGGGGAACGUAUUGGGUGCAGAGGACUACGGUCCGGCUACCAAGUGGCUUUCCUUGAUUCGUCAAGCUCUGAACGGCAACCACAAUGGCACCGAGGUUUCCCAAUUUGACUACAAAACCACCUGCGCAGAACCUUCGCCGGAGGCUGAUCAGAGUGGGAGCUUGAAACCAAGGCUCAGUUUCUCGGAAUUGCUUUUGUUGGAAGAUGAACUCUGCAAAGAGGAUUUUGAAAAACUUGUCAACUCGAGUUCCAACUUGAGCCGUGGUACUGAAGAAUUCUUACCUGCUUCUCCUUUCAAGUCGGCGGCCCAAGAUAGUCCGUUGACUCAUCAGCAAAGUUACUGCCUGGCGGCGAGCAAGCAGAUGGUUGGAGUCUUCUUAUGCGUGUGGGUUCGAGCUGACCUUUACAAAUACGUUAGCAAUUUGAAGGUCUCCUGCGUCGGCAGAGGCAUUAUGGGCUAUCUUGGCAACAAGGGCUCAAUAUCGAUCAGCAUGACAUUGUACCAAACAACAUUUUGCUUUGUAUGCACCCACUUGACGUCCGGGGAGAAAGAAGGCGAUGAGAUCAGAAGAAAUUCAGACGUUGCAGAAAUUCUAAAGAAAACAAGGUUUCUGCAUUCAGCUAGAGGUCCUGAACAACCACUUCCUCCGUAUACUAUAUUGGAACAUGACAAGAUUAUUUGGCUUGGAGAUUUGAAUUAUCGACUUUCAGCUGGCUCAGCCGACACACAUGAGCUGUUAGAGAAGCACGAUUGGCAGACACUUCUAGAGAAGGAUCAACUAAGGAUAGAGCAGAGAGCUGGUCGAGUAUUUAAAGGGUGGGAAGAGGGGAGGAUAUUUUUUGCUCCUACUUACAAGUACCUCGUUAAUUCCAACAACUAUGUUGCCCGGACAUCUAACUCUAAAGAUAAACGACGCACUCCUGCCUGGUGUGAUAGGAUCUUGUGGAAGGGGGAAGGACUAAAACAGAUAUGGUACUUGAGAGGGGAGUCCAGAUUUUCCGACCACAGACCCGUCCACUCACUGUUCUCAGUCCAAAUAGACGUGUCAAAGAAGAGCGAGGUAAUCAGCACAACCAACUCAAACGAGUUCUGCAGAAACAAACCUUCAACAAAUACUGCCCUGUCGUCAUCAUCUGGAGCUGCCAAAAUCCAAGCUGAAGAACUUCUGCUAGUUACUCGGACUCAAAGCUGCAUAGACACUGCCUCCAGGUUUCGAGUCACUCGCACAGCCAGCCCACAUUUGAGAAGUUGAGCACUUUUGAGCUGCUGCAAUAUCAUCUGACUUUGACAGAAAACCUUGAAGACCCCCCAAUGAGCGUCCCCCUGACACCACCAGUGGUUGCUCGCAGCAUUUUGAACUGGGACCGGCGUGCAAGUUGGGCAGGUGAGGUGAUGUUAUUCAUGUUAGGCUGGUGUAGAGAACUGAAAAGGAAUGCUUUUUGAAAAUGUAAAUAUGCUGGAGUGAGGAACACGAUGAUCAGCUGGAUUGAUGGUGGUGUACAGGAGUCUGAAGCAUUGAUAGGGAAGUGGCUGAAUCUCCGGGCUCUUUAGUCAUGCGUGCUUAUAUUAUAUUUUUUUGAAGCCGACGUUUUGAUUAAAAAACCUAUGUGGUUCAGUGUUUUGAGAGAAUUUAGUUCAGCUUUUGCGGAGGAGUGGUUUCCUUUGUUCAAACAUUUAUUGAUUUUUGUAGGGUAAGGGGUUAAAGUCUGAAAGAUGGAGAGAUUUAUCAAAUUAGAAUUGUACAGUAAAAUAUGAAUGGCUUUCAGAAAAUUUUUCAGAAGGAUGAAAUUUUAGGCUACAUAUUUC